AUCGCUUUAAUAACAAAAACGGCGCUCCCGGCGAGAGAGAACAGUCUCGUCGGAGAAAAUGGUUACCGGAGAUAGAGCUUCUCGUCUUCAUAUCUCGAUCGAUCGUUGUGUCCGGAGCUACUUUGAAAGAGAAGUAGAUUCUCCGACGAAGGAAACGGAGAUAGAUCUGCUUCUUUCUCUAUCGCAGGUGCUGAGAGAAGUUCAGUCUUGGACUACCGAAAUUGGCCGUGAUGUGUCGGCGGAAUCGGGGCUGCUGGCUGUUGAUAAUGAGGAGGAAACUGGUGCUGCUUCGUUUGGUCCAGAAUCCAAAGAAUAUCUAUACUUAGAAAGAAUUGUGGCAGAUCUUGUUGGUUUGUUAUGUAUGAAGAGUGUGCAUGUUCAACAUUUGGCUGGCAACAUUCUCGUGGAAGUAUCCGAGUCUCUGGUUGAAUCUGGAAGCCAAUGGGAUGAAUUCAUUCACUUGCUUUGUGACUGUUUGCGCUUAGCACUUAUCUACAGUUGCCCAAUUCAUGCUGUGUCUUCUGCAUCUGUAUAUGAGGGUUCGGAUUUACAUUACCUUGCCUCUGAUGUUCUUAAAAGUGAGCUGGAAAAGGCUAACUGGGGCACGGUGUCUGAUAUCUUUCGAGUUCUUCGUAAUAUAUUGAAGCGCUUGAGCCAAGAAGAAAACGAGGAACUUCUUGAUGUAUACUUGGAAUCUGUCAACUCUACAUUUGCGAAAAUUCCUUGGUGCCGAGUGGACACUCAUCUUUCUAGUAGGCAUUGUCAUAAUGGAAGUCUAGGAAACAUUGCAAACAGUGAGGGAGGAACUGCAUUUCUUGGGAACUUUGUUCAGUUUCUCUGUUCCGUGGUUCAGCAGGUUGGCUUUGCAGAAGAUUCUGAUGCUUUUGGACCCACACAUUUGAUAGUCCAAAAAACCAUCGAGCUUGUUCCGGAUCUCCUCCGUUGGUGCCAACCAAAGUUAGAAAAUCAAAGUGGCACUUCCAUGUCAAGAUACCUAGUGCACAAGUUGCUGGUUUUGAUGAUCAGACUUACUUAUCAGUCCUCUAUAAAAUGUACCAUUCUUCUUUCAUGGCUGCAAUAUUUGCAACGCCAUUUUCAAGGGUUUCUUGAAAACACCCUAACUAGGUUUAGAUCCGUCCAAGAUAAUUGUUUGGAAGGCUCUCCGUUUUUUGUGACUUCGUCUGAUUCGAAGGUCAAUAAAACCCAUUCCGAUCAUUUGCAAAGGCUUUCUGUGUUUUUGUUCCUGCGGUGCUCCUUCACUUUGCUUUAUUCAAGUAGACAUACCGACAAAGACUGUGAGUUUGAAUGUAGAAAGAAAGGGAUGGAAGCAAUGUUUAAAUGGAUUGAACGACAGAUUCCAGGCGAUACAUUUUCUGGUCACAGAACUUAUACCAAAAAGAGCGUAGACUUUUCUACAUCCUUUGUCCGGCUGUUCAUGCAUGAGGAUGACCUAUUAUUUAAAGUCCUCCUGCAAUUUCUGUCUGUACCAUUGGAUGAAGAGCAACUGUUUAUUUGGGAAGGACGUUUUCUUCAAGAUGAGGAACAAGCUAUACACUUCCGUUUAUCAACCUUGUUUGAUCCUGUAGUCCUCUUCUGUAUAUUUCUUUCAGAGCUGCAUUAUGAUCAUCAAGUCCUUCUUGAUUACCUUAUAUCUAAAGACAUCGGGGCUAGCUGUGCAGAGUACCUGCUAAAGUGCUUGCGCACAGUCUGUGACUCGUGGACCCUGUUUGUGGAAUUCCCAUUUGAAGGAAAUAUAAAUUAUUCAUCUUCGAAGAGAAGGAAACUUCUGCUUGAGACUUCUGAGGUUGAAAAAACCCGGAAAUUACAUCCCCAGGCUUUUGAAAAUGCCAAAGACUGUCUGCUUUCUUUACAGAAUUCAGUUAUGAAGCUACAUCAGAAGAAACUAUUUCCAUACAACCCCGAAGCUCUUCUACGACGUUUGUCAAGGUUUCAAGAGCUCUGUUUACUCCACGAGUAACUUAUCUGGACCAAAGCUGAGAUUCUCUGAGACAGAAGGAUUUGAUGCCAACACAAAGAAGUCUCCUUUUCAGAUGAAAUGGAAACUAAUUGGCUCACAUGUAGAAUUAUCUAGAGAUCCUACACUCUGGACUGGUGCAGGAGCUAGAAUUCAGAGAGCAUUAUAUUCUUGCCUCCACAAUCCAAAUCUGAAAGUUGAGAAAGUUGUUGAGGCUUAGUGAGCAUAGCCAUGUGACCAGCUUCUUCAAUCACCUUCACUUCGUUAGGCUCGUAGUUACUAAUCAUCCACUUCUGAAUCUCCUCUGGAACCACAUUGUCGCCUUCACAGACAAUAAACACUCUCUUCCCAGAUCCAUAACUCUCCUUCGUCAGCAAAUCUUCACCUUCCAGUUCCUUUGGGUAUAACCAGCUCGGUUUCACCAACGCCAUGGCUAAUUCUAGAUCCUGCAAUCAGAUAUUCCACAACAGUGAUCACCUGAUCGCGGAUUGUGGACGUAACCCAAAUCUCUUGAUGACAUAUGUAAUCUGCUCAUGAUUUUAGCUGAAAUGUAGACUAAUAUGCGAAAAUAAUAAUUGUAUAAAAAAAACGUCUUUUCUUUUUCUUA